AUAAUGGUUUUUAAUCUAUUAUAGCGAAUCAAGAUCGUUCAGGGGAAAUACAAGCUGAAUUCACUCAAAGUAAGUAUAAACUUUUGGAUCCGACAUAGAACCACUUCUGAUACCAUGCUAAUUAAUUAAAUAUACAAUGUUCAGAAAAUAUUUCUUUAACACAGUGACCUCCUAUAAUCCUUUUAACGGCUACAUUUUCCUGUGUAACUGUAUAUAUCAUGGAAUAUGUGCGUUAUCUACAUGUAGAAUCAUUCACAAAUUGAAUUUAAUGACGAAAUUUGAUUCACGCACAUUUUUAAACAGCACUUAUCAGAAAUUGAUUUUAAUAGCAAAUUAUUUUAACCAUUUGCUCGUCUUUAAUCACGUUCAUUGUUUACAGCCUAGGAAAAAAAUCGUUCUACCUACCGGUGUAUUUCCCCUCGUGACCCGAUGUUUGUCGUGGCAUGCGAAGGGACGUGAAAAGUAUUAUCGCAUAAAAUAAUUGAGAGCUUGUAUCACUCUUUCGAUGGUGAAAUCAUACUUCAUAAGAGGUGUUUUAACGAGCCAUCAAAUAAAAUUCUAGUGAAGCUACCUUUACAAAAAAACCUAUUUUGUCCAUCAUAAAUCCAUGACGCACAUCCAGAAAUUUCUUCAGGGGGUGUUAGUAAGCGGAUGGGCGUCUGGGGUCUGUCUUGUGACCCCAGUGGGUUCAGAACAAAAUUUUGAUGGGGGACUCAGGGGCAACGCUUCCUGAAUCACUUACUUCUGACAAAAUAAGACGCAUAUAUUUCAGAGUUUUUGGGCGUGUUUCUAUAAAUGUGAGUGGCGUACACCCAAUCACUGUUAAAUAUAUACAUCAUUAAACACUUGAUCACUUCAAAAUUAUUAAAAUCUCAAAAUAUUACAUUUUUGUAUACUACUUGUGAAUGAAGUAUUUCCGUCAAAUCUAUGAAAAUAACCAGUUCUAUACAGGAAAAGGCUAUGGGAAUAGUUCCUGGCAACGAAGAGAUGUUCGGAUGUCAUUAAGUGGGUGUAGUCAUGUUUGUGCAGUCACGGUUUAAGGAAGACAUAUGAAAUGCAAAAAUACGUAUACAAAGUACAUCCUACAGCUCUUCAUCUCUCAAACAGAUUAUAUAUAGUAUGUAUACAUAAUCACAACAAAACUAUUGUACGUCAUGCUCCACAACUGAAUAAAAAUGACAAUAUUCUUGCUACAUCCAUGGCGUUGAUAUAUGAAAGAUAAUCAGAUCACAUGGCAUCAUCCGGGGGGUUAAAUUUAAUUACGAUAUUUCUGAUACCGUUGGUUACCCACAUCAAUUUCGCCAUUGCAUUGGACUGUUACAGAGGUUCUCCUUGCUGCAUUCUUUGGAAUGAGGAUUUGAACAUAUGUUCAGAUUGUAAAGGUGGAUACUUCGGUGAAAAUUGUGACUCACCUUGUCGCUAUCCUAGCUAUGGAGUAGAUUGUCAGUUGGGGUGUUUCUGCAAUGAAUCGUAUUGCAAUCAUAAGCAUGGGUGUCGAGGGAAUCGAGAUCGCCCAAUGGAAGCACAAGCUGAAUCAAAACAAAACACGCAUGCUACUAAUCGAUGUAAGUCAACAGAAGAUACCAAAGGAAGAAAAGUCCUGGUAUAUCUAACGGUGGUCCUCGGCAUGGUCGGACUUCUCCAGCUGGCUGUUUACAUUGGUUUAUCAGUUCUCUAUGAACCCCGGGUAUUAACCAGCAAGAGGCCAUCACAAAUUGCACAGAAAACCAGAACUUGAAUUAGUCAAGAAAAAGAUAUAGAAAAGGAGAAUAAAGGAGAGCGAAAGAUGAAAACAGCGUUCAGAGAAAAAGAGUGAAAUCACUGACGGAAAUUGGAUCAGUAUGUGUCGAGAACAACACUGCAUCCCCAUCCCCACCCCACACCACCCCCACACCACACCCAGAUUUAGAACAGUGACUGUCCCCGUACAGUCCUUGUUUUCUUGAAUCAUUAUCACUGAAAUUUAGAAUAAGUUUGGGAAACACUCGGUCAUGUUCCGACUAUUACAGCGCAAUUACGGUAGGUUUUGACUAUUAGAGUGUAAUUACGGUGGGUUUUGAUUAUUACAGCGUAAUUACGGUGUGUUUGAUUAUUACAGCGUAAUUACGGUGGGUUUUGAUUAUUACAGUGUAAUUAUGGUGGGUUUUUACUAUUAUAGUGUAAUUACGGUGGGUUUUGACUAUUACAGCGUAAUUACGGUGGGUUUUGAUUAUUACAGUGUAAUUACGAUGCGUUUUUACUAUUAUAGUGUAAUUACGGUGGGUUUUGACUAUUACAGCGUAAUUACGGUGGGUUUUCUAUACCCUACGAAUGCCAUGUCAUGGCAUAUUUCUAACCUUUAGGAAAUACCUGUGUACAUGUUGAUUUUGUCAAUUUUAAUGGUGUUGAUUUGAUUUGAACAUCGUUUAUUGUCAAAUUGUUAUAACAAAAGGAUUGGGCACAAGUUCUUCAAACUUAGCCCCCCCCCACCCCACCCCCCCCCCCCCCCCACCCCCACCCCCCGGUGCUGAUGAAUUAAACCUGUUCUUAAUUUACUGCAAAGUGUCAAACUUUUUUAAAAGUACACGCUCAUUGUAUGUAGAGUUACUGUGUACACGGGUACUUAUGUACCUCUUUUAGUAGCUAAGUCAAAGGUUUCUGUAAUCACCGGGGGAAAUGCUGUAGUCUGAAUUCAUGUUAUAUCCAUUUUCUUUAUUGAUGAUGGUGCAGUGUUUUUAAAUGAGUCAUUUCUAGAAUGAUUUAGAAAAAAAAAUACUUUGCAUUUUGUGUUUAACAAUGCUCGGAUAUUUUGAUAUUGUGCUUUCAAAAAAAUGCUUUUUAAUCACUUUGAUGCUUAAAAUUGAAUUGAAACCCUUGUUUCGCAUUGGCAUAAUUUGUUGUUUUACAUUUACAUUACGUAUUGUGUAAAAGCAAGCUAGACGUCUCCAUAUAUGAGUGAAAUAUGCUCGAGAGGGACGUUAAGCAACAUUUAAUCAAUCAAUAAAAGGAAGCUAUUUAAAUAUUGUUUGCAUGUUCACUAUUUAGAUAUAACUUUGUGACUUUUUUCUAUCAGUACGAUGAUUUUCAUUAUCAAACUGUUGUUCUUUUUUUUUUAACAUGUAUUUGUGAGCAAUGAAAAUAUUUAAAUGUUUGAAUGUAC